AUGGUGAAUUUGGUGAACGUGGUGAACGUGGUGAACGUGGUGAACGUGGUGAACGUGGUGAACGUGGUGAACGUGGUGAAUUUGGCUAAUAUGGUGAACGUGGUGAAUUUGGUGAACGUGGUGAACGUGGUGAACGUGGUGAAUGUGGUGAAUGUGGUGAAUUUGGCUAAUAUGGUGAACGUGGUGAACGUGGUGAAUGUGGUGAAUGUGGUGAAUUUGGCUAAUAUGGUGAACGUGGUGAACGUGGUGAAUGUGGUGAAUUUGGCUAAUAUGGUGAACGUGGUGAACGUGGUGAACGUGGUGAACGUGGUGAAGGUGGUGAAGGUGGUGAACGUGGUGAAGGUGGUGAAGGUGGUGAAUGUGGUGAACGUGGUGAAUGUGGUGAAUUUGGCUAAUAUGGUGAACGUGGUGAAUUUGGUGAACGUGGUGAACGUGGUGAACGUGGUGAAGGUGGUGAAGGUGGUGAACGUGGUGAAGGUGGUGAACGUGGUGAAUUUGGCUAAUAUGGUGAACGUGGUGAAUUUGGUGAACGUGGUGAACGUGGUGAACGUGGUGAACGUGGUGAAGGUGGUGAAGGUGGUGAACGUGGUGAACGUGGUGAACGUGGUGAAGGUGGUGAAGGUGGUGAACGUGGUGAAGGUGGUGAACGUGGUGAAGGUGGUGAAGGUGGUGAACGUGGUGAACGUGGUGAAGGUGGUGAAUGUGGUGAAUUUGGCUAAUAUGGUGAACGUGGUGAAUUUGGUGAACGUGGUGAACGUGGUGAAGGUGGUGAAGGUGGUGAACGUGGUGAACGUGGUGAAGGUGGUGAACGUGGUGAAUUUGGCUAAUAUGGUGAACGUGGUGAAUUUGGUGAAGGUGGUGAAGGUGGUGAAGGUGGUGAACGUGGUGAAGGUGGUGAAGGUGGUGAACGUGGUGAAGGUGGUGAAGGUGGUGAACGUGGUGAAGGUGGUGAAGGUGGUGAAGGUGGUGAAUGUGGUGAAGGUGGUGAACGUGGUGAAGGUGGUGAACGUGGUGAACGUGGUGAAGGUGGUGAACGUGGUGAACGUGGUGAAUGUGGUGAAUUUGGCUAAUAUGGUGAACGUGGUGAAUUUGGUGAACGUGGUGAACGUGGUGAACGUGGUGAAGGUGGUGAAGGUGGUGAACGUGGUGAACGUGGUGAAGGUGGUGAACGUGGUGAAUUUGGCUAAUAUGGUGAACGUGGUGAAUUUGGUGAAGGUGGUGAAGGUGGUGAAGGUGGUGAACGUGGUGAAGGUGGUGAAGGUGGUGAAGGUGGUGAAUGUGGUGAAGGUGGUGAACGUGGUGAAGGUGGUGAAGGUGGUGAACGUGGUGAACGUGGUGAACGUGGUGAAGGUGGUGAACGUGGUGAACGUGGUGAACGUGGUGAAGGUGGUGAACGUGGUGAAGGUGGUGAAGGUGGUGAAGGUGGUGAACGUGGUGAACGUGGUGAACGUGGUGAACGUGGUGAAGGUGGUGAACGUGGUGAAGGUGGUGAACGUGGUGAACGUGGUGAACGUGGUGAACGUGGUGAACGUGGUGAAGGUGGUGAACGUGGUGAAGGUGGUGAAGUAUCAUGUACUGACCUCUUCUUCGAGCCAGUCGUUGUACUGGACGAUACUGGCCAUAGCCACAUCUGCCCCUUUCAUGUAA